UACUUGAGCAGCUGGUAGCUGGGACGAGACGAAGCUUGGAUUCCCGAACGAGGUCUUCCCUCCUCUCGGCCAGCCUGACACUCGAUUCCUCGCUCGCCUUGCCGUCCCUCCUCCGCAAAUUCCUCUACCCGGCCCUCCUUUCCUCGCCGCCUUCGUCGCCAAUCUCCAUCCAUUGACACUCCCUAUAUAUACACUGACCACUUGACCUCUCCACAGUGGGAACUAGAGGGCGGCCACGAAGCUAGGCAGUAGCUAGUUUCCCAACUCAUAAGGUAGCCAUGGCUUUGCCUUGUGGCCCAAAGCUUCGGCGCGUACUGCUUGUGGGCGUAGUCUUCUUCCUUCUAGCCAUGAAGCCGGCCACGGCGACCCUGGACGAGGACAUUGAGCUCAUCUGGGGCGCGAGCCACACCUACUUCUUCAUGGACGGCGAAACGGAGGAGCUGGCGCUCUCCCUGGACGAGCAGCAUGGUUCGUGCUUCCGGUCCAAGGGCAUGUACAUCUACGCCACCAUCAGCAUCGACAUCAAGCUCGUCGAGGGCAACUCCGCCGGCACGGUCGCCACUGUCUACACGAUCACGGAAGGGGAGUGGCAGUACCACGACGAGAUCGACCUCGAGUUCCUCGGCAAUGUCACCGGCGAGCCCUACACGCUCCACACCAACAUAUUCGCCAACGGCGUCGGCGGCCGGGAGCAGCAGUUCCGCCUCUGGUUCAACCCCACCACCGACUUCCACACCUACACCAUCGAGUGGAACCCCAAGUACAUCCUGAUCAAGGUGGACGGCCGGGCUCUCCGUGCCUUCAAGAACCUCGAGGACCAGGGGUUGCCGUUCCCGACGUGGCAGCCGCAGCGCAUGUACGGCAGCCUGUGGAACGCGGAGGACUGGGCGACGCAGGGCGGGCGCAUCAAGACGGACUGGUCGCAUGCGCCCUUCGUCACCUACUACCGCAACUACAACGUCACCUGGUGCCGGCCGUCGCCCGGCGUGGCGUGGUGCGGCGACGAGCCCAAGAACUCGACGCGCUUCGACCUGGACCAGCAGACGCUGGCCGACCUGCAGUGGGUCAGCCAAAACAGUAGGUUCUACGACUACUGCUCCGACAACAGGAGGUACAACGAGUCGGAGUUCCCCAAAGAGUGCUUCUUGCAAUGAGCUC